GAGGCGUUCAGAAAAUAAAAGUCGUGGUUAUUUACAACGCCCAACCAAACGCACUCUUUUGAGAAAAUAAAAGUCUUGGUUUAUUUAUCGCGCGCCGUUUCCUUUUUGGUUUCCAUCGCCAGGGUUUCUUCCACUUGGUGGUCGGGUGUUGUUUUGUAGCUCUAAACAUCGGGGGUGAGUGAUGGGGGGGCUGUUACUGGAGCUGGGUAGGGCUGCUGGCUGGCUGGCUGGCUGGCUGGCUGUGAGAGAGUGCGUCCUGUCUCGGUUGCAGGUAGACUUUCAUGGCUCGGAUGGAUUCCUUUCAGAUCAGCGUUCAUGUUGUGAAAAGGCUUUACCCGCGGCCUCCAUUGUGUUAUUUCCAUGAUGGGGUCGAUGUUCUCUCUCAGCUGUUUUUGCUGUUGGUCCAUACUGACUACCCUCCCCUCCCCUCUCUCUCCCUCGCCUUCUCCAUGUAUUCUUUCUCUCUCUGUCAUAGUAUGGAUGAGAGUGGCAGUCUGGCGUUGAUUCCCUGGGAUGAACAGAGGCACAGAGAGACGGACUGGUGUGAGGUGGAGGAAUGCAGGGCCGUGCUGGACCAGACCGCGUCGGACGAUGACGACUUCCUGUACAAGACACCGGCGCUGCUACGGUUCCGAACGGCCACGCCCUCCAUCGAGCUGCUGACCGACUGGUACAUCAGCCGGGCUCAGGAGAUUGACUCCUGCUCCAGACAGGUGGACUGUGCCCUGUCAUUGGUGCGUCUUGGAAAGGAGCGGGAGAUCCCGGGCUUGGAGCUGCUGUCUGACGACCUGGUCACCAUGGAGACGCUGGUCUACGAGACGUCGUGCGAGCUCAGCCUGACCCUCCACGACCUCCAGCAGCUCAGCCACAUCAACAAGCUCCGCCUCCUCAUGAAGAACUCCAGCAGAGAGCGCUACGUGAAGGACGCCUUCCAGUGGAUGGUGCCCUUCCUACACCGCUGUGAGAGCCAGAGAGCAGGCGCCGCGGCCGCCCUGCUGCGGGAGUACCUGGUGACCAUGGCACGCGACGACCUCACGCUGCCGCUCGCCAUCUUCCAGCACUCCAAGCCUGACUGCCAGCAGAAGAUUGUUGGGGACCCAGACCAGCUGAUGUGUGUAGCUCUGGAGUGUAUUUACAGCUGUGAGAGAGAAGACCAGCUCAGCUUCUGCUACGACAUCUUGGAGUGUCUUCCACAGAGGGGCUACGGGCCCGAGACAGACAUUACCAUGUCUCUCCACGAUCAGGUGGACAAGCUGGAGAAGCACCUCAGUGUGGUGGAGGUGCUGGAGAAGCACGGUCUUCAGAAGCCCAUCUCCUACGUGAGGAGCAGUCAGAGCAGCUCGGAGGAGGCCCACCCACUCAUGGUCAAACUCUGCAGACACACCGGGCGCAAGAACCCCCCUGUCAGUGAGACACAGUGGAGAGACCUGCUGAAGGACCUACUGGACAUGCAGCAGAACGUCUACACGUGCCUUCAGCCUGAGACGUGUCACCAGGUGUUUGUGGAGUCCCUGCUGUGCUCCAGCCGCCUGGAGAACGUGCGCCUGGCGGGCCAGCUGAUGCACUGCUCCGCCCUCAGCCAGGAUGUGCCCGUCAGCCUGUCCUUCCGGGGGCGGAGCCACAGCCUGAGGGUGGCCUAUCACAGGAGUGUGGAGCUGGUGCUGGCCGCCGCCAGGGAAUACUUCAACUCCUCCACCACACUCACCGACCCCUGCAUGGACCUGGCCAGGGCGUGUCUGCAGCUGAUCCCAGACUGUCCUGCGGAGAUUCAGGAGGAGCUGGACCUCAUCAGUGCCCUUUGCCUGCUGGAGGAACUCAACGUCAACAUCCUCCCACUGCAAGUGCGCCUGCGCACCAACCGCCUGUCCCUGGUGGAGGAGUGUUUCUCCCAGUGUUCCUCGGCCUACAAACAGUCAUCCCUCCUGCUGAACCUGGCAACCCUGCUCAGAGUGGCAGGUGAGGACGAGGCCAAGCGUAAGGGCCAGGUGUUGACUCUGCUGGCAGAGCAGGCCCUCCAGUGUCUGGACUUCAAGGCCUCCUACAUCCACUGCCAGGACCUCAUGGCAACAGGCCACAGAGAGGGCUGGGAGGUGUGCAGCCUGCUGGGUCAGUGUGAGGGCUACCAGGACAUGGGGGCUCGUCAGGAGCUGCUGGCCUUCUCCCUCACGCACUGCCCCCCCGGGAGCAUCCAGAGCCUGCUGGCUGCCUCCAGCGACCUGCAGACACAGGUGUUGUACCAGGCAGUGAAUUAUCAGAUGGAGCCUACUAAUACCCAGAGUGGUGUAGAGGGAGAUGAGACAGAGUCAUACCAGACUAGUUUGGCCAGUGCCUCCAGUGGGGGCCCCUCAGUGGGGGGGGGCGGGGACCUCCUCCACAGGACCACGGCCAGGACCAUGGAGGUGUUGACCACCACCGGCCUGACCACCAAGGCUGUGCUGACCGCCGUCAGUGACCACCACUGGUGGAGGGACUCUCUCAGCUACCUCCGACCCAAGCAUGGUCAGAGGGCCGGAUCUUCCAGGCUGGGCGAGAGCAGGGAGAACGAGGACGUGGCCAGGCAGGGCUGCAGUCCUUUCUACCAGGGCCUGUUUGAUGAGCCCUAUGUGGACCCGAGGGAGGAUGUGUACUCGUCCUACCACGCCGUGACCCAGGAGGACUUUGCUGAGGUGCUGCUGAGGACGGGCAAACUGGCCGAGACCAAGACCGAGGGACAGACCUUGUUCCCUGCCACCGAGGUGUUGUUGCAGCUGGCCAGCGAUGCGUUUCCCAGGGACAUGACGCUGGCUUUGGCCUACUUACUGGCCCUGCCUCAGGUGUUGGAUGCCAACAGGUGUUUUGAGAAGCAGAGCCACUCGGCUCUGUCCCUCCAGCUGGCUGCCUACUACUACUGCCUGCAGAUCUACACACACCUGGCCCCCUGCUUCAAAGACAAGAGCCAUACUCUCUACAGGGCUGAUCCCAAGGAGCUGAUCCGAUUGGUCACCCAGCACGUGUCGGCCCGCUCGGAUUGGCCGGAGGAGCUGGGGAAGCUGAUCGGUCAGCUGCACGUGUACAACGAGCGUCUGACGGACCUGACGCAGGCCCAGGUGCUCCAGGGGCUGGGCAGGGGCGUGGACAUCCAGCGCUUCAGCUGCGACCCACACUACAAGAAGCAGACCAUCCUCGGCCUGGCCGAGACCCUGGAGGACAGUGUGUACAAUAUCUCUCUGUCCCUCGCUCAGCGCUACAGUGUUCCCCUGUGGGAGGUCUACAUGACCCACCUGGAGUUCCUCUUCACUGACAGCGGGCUUUCCACCAAGGACAUAGAGAGUCGCGGGGAGGCGCUGGGCCUGUUUGAGACCCUGAAGGCCGACCCCCAGGCCUUCCUGAGCCACAUGAGCAGGUACGUGCUGCCCAGCGUGGAGGGCAGCGACCUGGGCCGCCUGCUCCUCUACUACUCCCUGCUGGAGGCCUGCGGCUGCGGCCAGCACGUCGCCGCCGCCGCCAUCCAGCCAGACAGCCACGUCAAGCUGCUCAAGAAGCUCCGGGCCGUGGCCAACGGUCUGGAUUACCGCAAGCUGACCGAUGAAGAUUCCGACCCACUGGCCGCACUGGAACCGGUUUUGACCAGUCAGAACGUGCUGUCCAUCUCCAAACUAGCCAAUCGGCUGCCUCUGCCCGGCGGAGGCGUGGUGUCGGCCAGUUCUGUCCACGCCGUGUGGCUGGGCAAGAUGUUCUGGAAGGGGGACCCCCAGGUGCUGAAACGCCCCCCCCAGACCGACCAGGACUAUCUGCAUGCCUACGACACCUGCGCCAAGUACCUGGACAGACUGGUUCUCUCGGACGCCAUCCGCUUCUUGGACGGCAUCACCUUCUCCCCCGAGGCAGCCAGUAAGCUAAGUGUGGCUACGCGGGGGGAGGUGGUGCGGAGGGCGCUCAAAGCCCUUUGCCAGCUGAGCAACAAGAGCAAGAAAAGGGGCGGAGACGAGGGCGAGCCGGGCGCCGACCCGGCCGCGGGCUCCGAGCGGGCCCUGGCGCACCUGCAGCAGUCCCUGGCCCACCUGGACACGCUGGGCCACGCCUUCAUCCUGGCCCUCAACGACAGCCACCAGGAUCAGCUACAGGGUUACAGUCGGGCCUACGACCUCUCUCGCUCUGAGCAAGCUAAAGUCCACGCCCUGGCUGUCACCAUGGCGACUGACGGCCAGCCGCUAGAGCAAAUUGGCGAGCUGCUGGCCGUGGCUGUUGGCCCUCUCGACCUGUCAAUCAAAAGUGUUCUCCAUGACGCUGUGGAGAGAGUAGUGUCUGACCUGAGUGGAGAUGCUGAUGUUCUGAAUGACUGCCCAGACCCUCUCAGGGUGCUGGAGGGAAUGGUGACCGCCGUGCACAACACCGUCCAGGCCGGGGGCAGCGCGGUCAGCUCUGAUGACCUGUUGGCGUGGCUGCGUCCGUUCUGCGGCGACGCGUCCGUGGCGGUGCGUCCUCGUAUCGAGGUCCUGCAGAUCCUGGAGAACAACUUCCCCCUGAGGGACAGGGAUCUGAGACUGCUGCUGCUCUACAGGACCCAGGCUGUCCUGAAGGACAGACAGGUGGAGAUGGAGGACAUUGAGGAAGAGGAGAAGAGGUACACCCUUUUCUUGGAGCUGCUGGAGGCUGCCAGGAAGUGGGAGGAGUUUCAGCUCAUCAUGCUCCUCCUACAGGCGUGGCCACCGAUGACAAAAGAGGAAGUGGCGGAGACGGAGCGCAACCCUUGGGUGGUCUGGACCUCGGCGCUGCUCUCCCACUGCCAGGGUUCAGAGGUGCAACUGGACCUGGGUGGAGAGGUGGUGGCCAUGUGCCGCUCCCUGUACCCCACCAAACACAAGCUGCCUGCGCAGUGCAUCAGACACAUCGCCCGGCUGCUCCUGGACCAGCCUGGACUGCAGCUCUCCUCCCUCAAGCUCAUGACGGAAAGUGGAGAUGAGCAGCUGCUGCAGCUGACCCUGGAUCAGAUCAACAGCAUCUCAGAGGUGAACGCCUCGUGCUGUGACUCGGAGCUUCUCUCCCUCCUGCUGGACGGAGGGCUCCUGGUGGGCUGCGUGUCCUCGGCCCUCUACCCCGCCCUCAGCACCCACCUGCUCUCCCACCACCAGGAGGGGGGCUGGGACGUCCAGGGAGCCGCCGCCAAGCUCCUCCAGGCUGGCCACGAGGCUCAGGCCGGCUCCCUGCUCCUGGCGCACCGCGGGACUCACCAGGGCCAGUUCACCUUCAACACUGCCCUGGCGGUCCUCCACAAGUGGUUCUGAGGCGCCUGGGACUGGACUCUGGCUCUGGGACUGAAGUCUGGCCCUGAUGCCCACCUACUGGAUGCUAUUGUGGGAGCGGUCUGAACAUUUCUUGGUUUUGGUGCAGCAGUUCCAUAAUUGUCCCGACCAUAUCUGUGUUUGCCAGUAUACACACACACACACACUCAGUCGCACACUCACACACACGCACACACAAAAGCACGGUUCAACAGCUGCUGCUGUCUUUAACUAAUCAGUAAUUAUGUGUGUCUGCGUUGUUCUGUGACUAGCUCCCUUAUUAGGUCUUUGUCAUUUAACGCUGCCUCUCUUCCUUUGGUUUUCUCUAAAUGAUCAGUUCAUUAUUUUCUUAUAAACACAUUGGCCCUAAAGCAACCACAUGCUGGGCGCCCAAUUCGCAUGAAUCCAAGCGUGUGCACUAACUCCAGGGACGUAGUUGCACCCUAAUGAAGUGUGUGUAGUGUGUGUGAUUGGUGGUAGUUAACAACAGUUUGAGCUUCUGUAGAUCUGGGCUCCUCCCCCAUGUUCUAAGACCAAUUAAGAUUCUAUGUAUGUCCUUAGUCAAUAAAAUAAAAACCAAAUCAUUAAACCAAACAACUGGUGGUUGGUGUGUUUGGCGUUUCUUCAUUCCCAGACAUGAAAUCCACCAGGGAACUGACUACUGACUGACUUCUUUUAUUUCUUUACCUCUGUUGGUGUUCUGCUGAAAUUUAUGGUUUUUUUCUUCUUCAAUUACUUUGUGAAAGUUUUCAACGUUGGCUAAAGGCAAGGGAUUCGGAUGUGGACCUUUCAGCAGCUAUUUUUACUUGAAUGGCUUGUAUAAAAACGAUUGUGAAUUCAUUUUAAUUUAUUUUUGCCGUUAUUUGGAGCCUGGCUCCUUGUGGCAGUAGAGUGCCCACAGUUUCUCUCCAUUGUUAUCCAACGUUCAAUUCUUUCCAGAAAGAAUGCUUUUACAAGUGUUUCUUUAGAAAUGUUAAAAGUUCACAAGAGCAAUAAAAGCAGCAAGUGAUGGAAGUAAGUUUGAGCCGAAAAUUCUCCAAAGGCCUUUCUGUCUUGUUACUAAUGUGUGACUCUGUGUCGAUGGGAGGAAGGAACCAUUGGGAGCAACUUGGUAUUGGAGAUGUGCGUGUGUGUGUUCAAUAAACAAACUCGGUGGCCUCAGGAGUGCGUGGGUCAACUCCACUAAUCAAGACAGGUCACCCUGACACGCCAGAG